GCCCCUACAAACCUCCAACACACACACACUCAAACACACAGAUCAGGACAGAGAGGAGAUGGAGUGAGUGUGGGGUGGAGCCCCUGAGUUGUUGGACAGAUCCUAAAAUGAACUAUCCAGGAGGUAAAACACCAGCUGUUGGAUUUUUUGGAAAGCUUUGGAUCAUUUAAGUCGAUUAACACUAUGAUUGUAAUUUUUCUGCACACAUGACGGACUUUUAAUCCAAACGAGGAUGCUCUGCAGGCAAAUGAGGAUUCUAUUUGUUGCUUUAUUGGUCAGUGGUUGAAGUCAGGGGUUUCUUUUAAGUGAUCCUGGACAAAAUCCCUGACGUGGCAGGAGGAAAUUGACAUCAAGUUUUUUUUUUAGAGGGCUUUUGAACAGGCGGUAUCUAAUGCAAGGCAACAAUGGGAAUGGAUGGCAUGGAAGUAAUUGCCAUUGCUGUUGUAUUCGGGCUGUUUUAUGUCGUGCUCAAACAGUUUGGAGUUUGGGAGCCCUUGUCACUCGAAGAUGACAGUUGUGACGGAGAACUUGAACUCUCCAUGGUGCGUCACCAGCCCGAGGGCCUCGAUCAGCUCCAGGCCCAGACACAGUUCACCAGGAAGGAGCUCCAGUCGCUCUACAGAGGCUUUAAAAAUGAAUGUCCCAGUGGGCUGGUGGAUGAGGAAACUUUCAAAAGCAUUUACUCUCAGUUCUUCCCUCAAGGAGACGCAACCAUGUAUGCACAUUUCUUGUUCCAAGCAUUUGAUAUGGACAGAAGUGGCUCCAUCCGGUUUGAGGACUUUGUUAUAGGACUGUCUGUGUUGCUAAGAGGCUCUGUCACAGAGAAACUUCGAUGGGCGUUCAACUUGUACGACAUCAACAAAGAUGGCUACGUUACAAAAGAGGAAAUGAUGGCAAUAAUGACAUCAAUUUAUGACAUGAUGGGCAGAUAUACCUUACCCAGUGUACGGGAUGAUUCUCCAUAUGAGCAUGUGGAGAGAUUCUUCCAGAAAAUGGAUCGGAACAGAGACGGCGUGGUGACUAUUGAUGAGUUCAUAGAAACCUGUCAAAAGGAUGAAAACAUUAUGGCUUCCAUGCAGCUCUUUGAGAACGUCAUCUAGUUUCUGUUUAGAGACGGGGAUCAGUAAAGCGCUUCCAGCUGCAAAUGAAAUAACUUCAUCCUUCCUGGAAAGGGUAAACCAGGUCGUGCAACAUAUUUGACUCAUUUUAACACACAGUGGAAACAACUAUUACUUUUCCCGUCCAACUGUUCUAUGCAGGGAAGUGUGCAGAAAUCACCACAAGUGUUUUUUUGCAUGAACAUUUUUUUUAUGUACAUGAAGGGAAUGUGAAAAAAGUAAUCACCAGAUGAGCAUGAGUGAAUGCCCAACAAAGCAUGUGAUGCAAACGACAUUGAAGACAAACAAAAAGUAUAUUUAUGUUUGAGUUCUACACAUUGUUGUGUCCUAAAUGUGACCCUGUCAUUGACAUGUUGACGCAAAACCUGCUGAAAUAAAUAAACUACCUUCA